GACAAGGCCGAGGCGGCCGCACGGCAGCGGGUCGAGGCGGCGCGGGAGGAGGCGCAGCGCACGCGCAAGGCCAAGGAGCAGGGCACGCCCAAAGGCAAGGCGGAGCGCAAAGACGAGCCGCGCGAGCUGCAGAUGCGGGGCGCCGGCGAAGGACGCACGAAACCGACGCGCAGCGAGCGAAAGCGCGAGCGCGAAGAGCGGGCCGAGCGGGCCGAGCGGGCCGAUCGCGACGACCGCGGCGCAGAGCGGGGCGGUCGCGAUGACCGCGUGGCGGAGCGGGGCGGCCGCGAUGACCGCGUGGCGGAGCGGGGCGGCCGCGAUGACCGCGUGGCAGAGCGGGGCAGUCGCGAUCCGCCCAAUGACCGGGAUCGCGCAGGUCGCGGCGACCGCGACCGCCGUGGCCAAGGACACUGGGACCGAGGCUAUGAACGCGCACGCGACGACCGGCGGCCCAAGGCGGACGACCGCAUCGAAACGAAUGCGCAGUGGCAGCGCCGCGGCGAGAGCGAUGCGCACGACGAGCAGCACGGGCGGAAGCGAUCGCUCGCUGACCGCCUGCACAACACCGACGGUGCGGCGCACGACACGCCACCGUCCGAUGCCCCUGACAAUAAGCGCAUGCGCAAGGACCGCACGCCGCAGCGCCAGCGCCACGCCGAGGAGCAGCGCGACGCCCCGGGAUGGAGAGAGCGCGAGCGGCCCGCGCGCAGCUGGGGCCGGGAGCGGCCAAGCGAUGUGCCACGGGAGCACCGCGAGCGCGACCGCCGCAAGCGGCGAGCGGGCGGCGACUAG